UGGUCUCUCUUCUUCUCUCUCCUCCAUUCCCUCCCUUCGCAACCCUAAUUCGCUCUCCUUCUCUCCCUCUUCGCCAAGAUUUUCUAGGGUUUGGCACGCCGACGUUUUCGUUCGCGUGCUACCUCCUCCUCCUUUUCUAGGGUUCGGAUUUUGAGGUAUUUGACUCGGCAUUGGGGAGAUCGGAGCUCGUGAGAUCUCAGAGCUCGAGCUUUCUCGAUCAGUGAAAAGAUCGUUUGAUCAAAGUCUCCCGAGUCUCAACAAAUUUCUGAUGCUUCCGUUCCAAAAUGUGUGAUCGUGUAGUAUAAAUGCUUUAUUGUGCUGGCAAUGACAAGUUCUCAGGAAGUGUUCUGUUGAUGGACUGCAUGCACAACUGCAGUGACAAGAAGACAUUGAAGAGGUGGUUCUUUAUUGACAAAAGGGUUGGGUAAUUAUACAAAGAAAAAGCUUGUUCAACCAUUACUGAGCUGAUUGUAAGAGACGAUAUCGAAACACACACGCAUAGAAUUGGAUCUAAUGGAUUUGAAGACGACCCAUAACUCCCCUGUUAUUACUGACCCUGUACCUGUAAGCAAGUCACGGCUAAGCUUGUCUUCGAAUCUGAUGCCGUAUUCACCGACAUCUGCUGGUUAUUCUUCUCCUAGUCUGUACAUCAAUAUCCCCAGAAGGAAACCGAUACCUGAUCUACUCGAUAAUGUCCGUGCUAAUUCUUGGCUCGAUGCCAUGAAGUCCUCCUCGCCUCCUCGCAAGAAGCUGAACAAGGAUUUUGGCUUAGAUAAUGAAUCUGAUGAGAUUGAUCAUCCCUAUCUUACUUGGAUGAUCAAAUAUCCAUCAGCUUUAUCUUCGUUCGAGGAAAUCACUGCCUAUGCUAAAGGCAAGAAGAUAGUGUUGUUCAUGGAUUACGAUGGGACUCUAUCACCUAUUGUUGACAAUCCUGACAAUGCUUUCAUGUCGGCUUCGAUGCGUGCUACUGUCAAAUAUGUUGCAAAGCAUUUCCCAGCUGCAAUUAUCAGUGGAAGGUCUCGAGAUAAGGUUUUUGAAUUUGUAAAAUUAACUGAGCUAUAUUAUGCUGGUAGUCAUGGGAUGGACAUAAUGGGUCCGGUUAGAAAAUUGGAGUCCAUAGGCCAUCCAAACUGCAUUAGUUUGACUGACAAGCAGGACAAGGAAGUGAAUCUCUUCCAGCCUGCAAGCGAGUUUUUACCUAUGAUCGAUGAGGUUUUUAGAUCCCUCGUCGAGACUGUUAAAAGAAUUAAUGGUGCGACAGUUGAGAACAACAAGUUUUGUGUCUCUGUACAUUACCGUAACGUAGAUACAGAGAACUGGGAUCUGGUUGGGCAGGUGGUGACCGAGAUCGUAAAGGGAUACCCUCGUUUACGACUAACUCAUGGGCGGAAGGUUUUAGAGGUCCGUCCUGUGAUUGAUUGGAACAAAGGGAAGGCUGUCGAGUUUUUGAUGGAUUCACUCGGACUGAGCGAUUGUGAUGAUGUACUUCCGAUUUAUAUUGGGGAUGACCGUACCGAUGAAGAUGCUUUUAAGGUUUUGAGAAAGGCGAACCGGGGGUUUGGAAUUCUAGUAUCAUCUGUGCCAAAAGAAACUGCCGCGUUCUACUCUUUGAGAGACCCAUCUGAGGUAAUGGAGUUUCUCAAGUCCCUGGGGAGAUGGAAGAAGCGCGCAUCAUUGCAAAAUGAGAGCAAUCAUCUAACUAUAACUAUUUAAUUACGGCUUUAUAUAGACUACUAGUGGUGACAGGUUGCUGACAAAUAAUAGCAAGACGCAAAGCAAAGGCACUGCAAUUUUGAGGCAAAAAUUCAGUGUUGUUAUUUUUCUUCUUCUUUUAACAAAAAAAAAAAAAGAAGAAUAUACUGCACUCUUUCCUUUCCUUUGCUAAUUCAUUUUGUUGUAAUUUCAAACUGUCAUCAUAUAUAUGGCGCUCAAUGUUUUUUUAUUCUUUUCUUUAUUUUUCUUUCAUACAUUUUUGUUUAUUCUUUGUGAAGAUCCUUUAUUGUUAA